UUUUCUCUCUCCAAAACAAAAUAUCUAUGGAGCUUCUUCUCACCCUUUCUCUUCUCCUCUUUGCAAUCAUAGCCAUCUCAUUUACACUAAAUUACAUCUUAACCCCAAAAAUCAACAAUGAAAAAGACGAAAAACCCAACAAUCUUCCUCCAGGAAGUUCAGGCUGGCCAUUGAUAGGAGAAACCCUAGAAUAUUUCUCGAAGCUUAAAGAUUGCAUUCCCGAACAGUUUGCAACUGAAAGAAUGAAAAAAUACUCGACCAAAGUGUUCCGAACAAACAUAAUUGGUCAGCCGACAGUAAUCUUGGCCGGAGUUGAAGGAAACAAGUUUUUAUUUUCUAAUGAGAAUAAGCUUGUUCAAGCAUGGUGGCCGGCGACGAUUGACAAGAUAUUUCCUAAAUCGAGUAAGAAAACGACGAGGGAAGAGUUUAUUAAGGUGAGGAAGAUGCUGCAUUCGUUUCUUAAAGCUGAUGGGCUUCAGAAAUAUGUGGAAAUUAUGGAUUUGGUUAUGAGAGAGAGUUUGGAGAGAGAUUGGAAAGGGAAGAAAGAAGUUUUGGCUGGUGAGGUUGUGAAGAAAUAUACUUUUGGACUUGCUUGUAGAGUUGUUUUGGGAAUUGAUGAUUCUGAAAAACUUGAGAAACUUGCUAAACCUACUGAAGAUAUUGCUAAAGGGAGCGUAUCUAUACCAAUUAAUUUUCCUGGAACCGCACUCUACCAAGCGAUAAAAUCAUCAAAGGUGAUGAGAAUAGAAAUAGAAGAAAUGAUAAGGAAGAGAAAAAUAGAGAUUGCGGAGAAAGUGGAACAAAAGAAAAACGUGCUUUCAACUUUGCUUUUGGCAAGCGACGAGAACUCACAAUUCAUGAAUGAAGAAGAUAUUUCAAGCCACAUUGCUGGACUCCUCCAUGCCGGCUUCGACACUCUCAAUUCUCCUCUAUCCUUCAUCAUGAAGUAUCUAGUUGAAUACCCCGAUAUUUAUCAGAAAGUCCUCAAUGAGCAAAUGGAAGUUGCAAAGUUGAAAGCACCCAAAGACUUGCUUAAUUGGGAUGAUGCAAAAAGGAUGAAAUAUUCAUGGAGUUUCGUAUGUGAAGUAUUGAGGCUCAUGCCACCGGGUCCUGGUGCUUUUAGGGAAGCAAUUACCGACUUCAACUAUGGCGGUUAUUUUAUUCCCAAGGGUUGGAAGUUACACUGGAUGGCACACAUUACCCAUAAGAACCCGGAUCACUUUCCAGACCCGGAGAAGUUUGACCCGUCGAGGUUUGAAGGAAAUGGACCAGCGCCUUACACUUAUGUCCCGUUUGGGGCAGGACCUAGGAUGUGCCCGGGGAACGAGUAUGCAAGGCUUGUUUUGCUCGUGUUCAUCCACCACAUGGUCUUAAAUUUCAGCUGGGAAAAAUUGAUUUCAAAUGAGAAGAUUGUUAGUGAUCCAAUUCCAAGGUUGACAAAGGGAUUUCCAAUUCGCCUCCAUCCUAAAUAUCUUUGAACAACUAUACAAUACUAGUCAAUUGUUGGAUUUAUAAGUGAGACACAUGCAUUUUAAUUUUUUGUUGGUCAAUUUUUUACAAUUUUCUUUAAAAUUUUGCAUAUAUGUGUAACAUAUAGAAAGUAUGAAUAAUAAUGCUCAUGUUGUUUACAUUUCAA